CCCUGAUACAAGUACCCAUUUGAUCCAGUGUUGAUACAGAAACUUUGAUUAUAGCUUCUUUAAAGUAGAAUCACAAAAAUAGUAGAGGCUGUUCACAUUUGCAUUGCAUAUUAAUUGUAUACAUAUGUCAUGUUGUUUUAUACUGUAGCUGCUAAAACAUCUUAACCUCAACUUCUUAAGUCAUUAGCAGCAAAUCUGUUACUUAAUUCCUACCUUUAAAGAAAUACUGUGAUACCUUUUAGGCAUAAGACCCUUACGUACAUUCAUUCAUACAUUCAAAAAGUCACGCACACUCUAUGUCAGUACAAAAUGUUUGUUUUUGUUCUUCUUUUUGGUCAGUUUUGUUUGUGAAUUGUGUGCAUCAUUUCAUUAUUACACUGUGCAGGAUACAGCCUCCAGUAAAUGUGUUACAUCCUGUUGACUGUGGGUGGUGUAUCCCAGCUUAUGGGCACUGACACCACAGAGAGGCACAGAUCAGCUGCAGGAGAGCUUCAGGUGUCAGCUCACAGCUUUACAACAGCUAUCAUGCCACUGACAUGUCUGGAAGCUGCAGUCAUCCUCGGGAUUAUUAUUCCUCAGAUAUCCAGCAUCAGCAUUUCGUCUGCACCUCCUGACUGCUUGGCUGCUGUGGAUACCUGCAUGUCACAUUUGUGCCAGAGUGAACGGGCAUUUUACAGCAGCAUCUGUGACAAUGAAGGGUGCCAAAUAAAAGGCUCAGAGGUCUGUAACAUGACCAUCCAGACCAUACUCAACCAAUUUCCUUCUCUGCGCGGGUGUGUGUGUGCCUGGGAGGAGGAGCUUUGUGGCUCUGUACAAGAGCUGGCCACACAAUGCCACAGAAAGACAGCAAGUCAGCAGAAGAGGAGCACAGCGAUGGACUGGAAGUCAAGCAGUUUGAUAGGCUAUGUAUAUAACGGUGCUGGAUCCUGCUUAAAUCAGAUGAGUGCUUGCGUCAGUGAUAAAGUUUGCAACAAGAACCUGACACCUGUUCUUCAGGCACGGAGGGCAGAUCCGUGCGACCGUCAACGCUGUCAGCAGGCGACUCAGCACUUCUAUGGCAGCAUGCCACAGAACGUUGCAGAGAUGCUGGCCAUGUGUGAGUGCGAGGCUACGGAUCAGAAUUGUCUGCUUAUGAAAACUGAUCUGCACAGUGGCAUGUGUGGAGAUGAGACCCAGAUCUGCCAGGAUAGAGUUAACCAGUGUGUUGAGGACAGUAACUGCAGAAACCUUUUAAAAACUUUCCAUGCCAAAUGCUGGAGCUCUGAAGAGGCUUGGUGCAGUGACAGUGACCUCCAAAGUGGUGAAUGUUUAACCAACAUGGAUCUGGCUCUCAUCAAUGGUGCAGAUUCUGAAUGUAAAAUGGCCUUCUUAGCUACUUUGGGCACAGCACUUCACCAUCCUUGCUCAUGCGAAGGCAUGCACAAUGAGGAUCUACGGAUGUGCAACAGGAUUUAUGAUAUACUUCACAAGAGAUCACACUUCAUGACAUCUUGGAAAAGCAACAGUGGUCCUUCUAAACCUCCUACAAAUAGUGAAUCUGAGCAUGGUCACACAUGGCUACAUGAUUAUCUACUAUAUGCUUUUGCAACUGUGCUACUUGUUGGAGUUGUCAUAUUAAUGCCUCUGGCUAUUGUCAGUAAAAUAUGGAUGAUGAGAAAAAGAGAUAAUACAAAAUUUCACCAUCCGCAGAAGAGCAACUCUGUUGUUAUUUUCUGAUGUUUAAUAUUUAUUUAUUAGAUGUGUGAUAUCAAUAUUACAAAUAAUCAUUUUGUUCCUUUUUAACUCAAAAAGAUUUUAGAUGGCUACACUUAUCGACUUGAUUUUGCUGCCUAAACAUCAUGUUUUUUCCAAUGUUGAAGAAAUUAUUUAAGGUAUGAGUCUCAAAGUAAAACACUGUUCUACAGAUCUUUAAAGAAGAUGACAACGUGUGAACUCUUAAAUCUCAAAAGAAACUCUAUGGUAAACAGUCGAUCUUCAGAAUCGAUCAAAGCUGUUGAGUCAUUAAUCUUUUCAGCUGUUUCACUCUGUGAAAAUUGUGCCAUCAAUCAUUCUAUGAAAAACAACACAUCUGACACGUCUGAGAUUGCCUUAUGUCAUCUGUUGUCUUUUUUGGUGAUGAUUUAUUGGUGCUCUGGGCUUCCACUGUAUCUGAUAUUAAACGUCACUCUGAAAACUUUAAUGUGUCAUGAUUUGAUCAAAAUGCUGUACAGUUUCUUAGGUGUCAUGUUGUAUUUUGAUCCAUGGAGAUACACAAUGAAUGACACUCAUUAUGCGCUUUGAAAUGGUUACAGUAAAUGAGUUUUUAUAAACACAACAGAGCCAUAGCACAUGAUUUAGAAUAUCUGGAGACAGGAUGAGGAGAUCUGACUUAUGACAAAACAUAGAGAGUUGCAGUAAUUGAAUUAAAUCAAUUUAAGGCAUGGAUGUUUUUUUUCCAGGUCAAAGACACAGAGAACUGUGUGUAGAGUUUGGAGCUGAUUCAACCUGAUUCAGCUAUCUGAUCUUUGUUUGAUGGUUUAGUCGAUCAAACUUCAAAGCAGAAUCAGAGAUUUUUUGCAUGACUUGACAAAAGCAGGCAAGGUGCCCAGAGGAGGGGCAAGCAGGGAGGUUAAAUGCUAUGGUCUGAAUGAUAGAACUUUGGUUUUACUGUCAUUCCGCUGAAGACAGUGAUGAGCCGUAGCUGAAUUGGAUGAACCCAGAUGAAAGUUUUAUCUUUCAUCUUUUCAUCCUUUGACAUGUUAAAAGACAUUGGGUCUAUGGGGCCUGUGAAGUUCUGAAAGAUAUUAUUUUUUGUCUUAUCUAGUGCAAACCAGAUUAUAUGUUAUGACUUUGGGAGCUCUGUAUUAAUACAUGCCUACAAGCACAAAGACAGGAUGGUAAAAUCAUUGAAAAGGUGCAUUAAGAGUAUCAGGCAUUAUUUCAUUUUACUUAUCUGUAUAAAAACUGGCAGUCGUGAUGCUAAUGAACUAAUAUCCAUAUUCAUGAGAUACGUGAAGCCAGACAGGCUUCACAGCUGGGGAGUGAUUAGAUUCAAAGUUUCACCAACAAGUCUGAGGGAAGCUUAAUCAGAAGAGACCCACGCAAACAUGGCCACAACACAACCAAAUGCUAACACAUGCUAACUGCACACAGAUAGACCCACAUGUUUGGAAGCCAGAACAUACCUGAUGUGAAGCCACAGUGCUAAACACUGAGUCGACUGUGAAGAUGAAGGAGGAGGAUGUAAACAUAAGGGGAAGGGGAAGAGUCUCUUCUCCUGACUUUCCUUGAGGGUUUCAGGGGUUUUGCCUCGCAUUUUCCUCCCAUAGGACAUGGUCAGUUGGUACACCAUUUAAGUUACUGAAUGGAUUGACAUGAAAUGUGGUACUGAUAUCCAUAGGAUGUGUUAUGGCUGCCAGGGAAGCAGAUGGGGGAGUGAGAGGGGUGCUGGAGGUGGCAAGGGACAUGUACAGGCAAAGAUGAGGGGGAAUGGCAGAGUCAGACUGAUGAAGGCAGCCAGGAGACUGAAUGAUAACAGGUGUGUGUGGAGCGUGAGAGGCAAAAGCAGGGCGAUAAAGCUGGAACAAGAUCCCUAACCACUGGAGACAACAUAUUGGCAAAAGCACAAGAGUAUCACCAAUAAAAGCACCAUCGAGAACCAAGCAGGGAAGAUUAUAGCUACCUCUGAGUGAGCUGUAACAAUGUGGCAUGAAUGGAACGUGAGCCAGGGUACUUGGACUGGAGCUGAUGAGGUGAUCGAGAGCAGGUGUGGAGUAGAGCCAGGUGCCAGAUGAAUGAAGCCACACCCAUAACACAUACACACACAAAUGCAUAGACAAACACAGGGCUGCAGCGGGAGGAGACAUAAGGGAAUACCGUAGGCAUGGCCAAGUCAUGACAGGAUGAAAUCUAUUGAAUUUGAUGAGUCCCCUAACUUUUCAUGUAGCACAACCACCAGGUCAUAUUUUUUGAUUUUCCAAUAUUUUGGUUCACAGUGUGUUCAAAUACUUGCAAAACCAAUAUUUUUCUCAUGGGGUUCACCUGAGCUUUGCGCUAAGUGCUACUACUAACUGUUAGCAUUCUUACAUGUUCAGUAAGCUUCAGUAAGAGGGCAAGUUAAAUAUCUUUAGCCAGCAGGUCAACACACCUUCAGUAAUGUGUAGAUUCCUCAUUUCUAUCCCAGUUUGAGUGAGAACCUUCCCGUGGGGAAUAUUAUGUUACAAUGUUAAUCCCCAGCCUCUGCAGAAGAACCAGAUAAAAGUGCAUUGAAAAACCUUCCCAGUAGAAAGGAAACACUUUGAUUAAAUGACACCACAUUGAAUCACUAUUGCGUUAUACCACAGCAAUCUGCACCUGAGAAAAAUAAAUAUGUAUGUUCUUAUAUAAAACUGUGGCUGAGUUUUACCGCAGUACCAGUAAAGCUGUAUUUUCAAUGUCCAUAUCCCUCAAAUUAUUCAUCCUAUUGACUGUUUGGUAUUUGAUCUUCUAAAGUUUCACUCUCAAGUUUGCUCAUUAUUGGAUUACUGUCAUCUGAUUUGCCUCUGUCUACCACCAGAUUUGCAUAGACAGAAACAACACUUGCCUCCC